AUGGCGUCCGAGAAAAGAAACGAGUUCCUUGACGCUUCCGACAGCGAGGAUGAAAUCCCAAACUACGACUCCGACGAUGAUUUGAAGAAGGGCGGCCGCAACGCCAAGCGUCGGAAAGUCGAAUCCGACGAAGAGGCUAGCGAUGCUGAACCCGCGGUCGACGAUGCGAAGGACGAGUCUGAGGAUGCGGACGAAGAUGGCGAUCUGGCGGCGAACCAGAGUGAAGAACCGGCCACAUCAAAAGCAAAGAGCAAAGAGGCCUUUGAACUUCCCGAUAUUACCACGAAUGGCAUCAAGAGGAACCUCGUCGUCACAGAGGCGGCUGUAAAGAAAUCCGGCGUCGUCUACAUUUCCCGCGUACCACCGUUCAUGAAACCCGCCAAACUACGUUCCUUGCUCGAGCCAUAUGGCAAGAUCAAUCGCAUCUUUUUGUCCCCCGAGGAUCCCACGGCACAUGCGCGGCGCGUGCGGGCUGGCGGAAACAAGAAGCGCAUGUACACAGAAGGCUGGGUUGAGUUUCUGAAGAAGAAGGACGCCAAGGCAGUGUGCGAUCUAUUAAAUGCCAACAUCAUUGGCGGCAAGAAGGGCAGCUACUACCACGACGACAUUUGGAAUCUGAUGUAUCUCAAGGGUUUCAAGUGGCAUAACCUGACGGAGCAGAUCGCGACAGAGAAUGCGGAGAGGGCUAGUCGCAUGCGGGCGGAGAUCAGCAAGUCUACCAAGGAGAACAAGGAAUUUGUGCGGAACAUUGAAAAGGCAAAGAUGCUGGAUGGGAUACAGGCGAAAGCCAAGUCCAAGAAGAGGAAGCCCGAGACCGAGGAGGAAGAAGCACCAAAGGCUGGUGGUGGCAGAGGCAACAUAUCCUUUAAGCAAAUACCCCUGGCCAAGAAAGGAAAGGAAGGAGAGACGCAGCCGGAAAAUGUCACGAGGGUGUUGAACAAGAUCUUUUAG